AUGUCGACUGGUUUAACAGAACGUCAAGCUCACUUGGUUAAAGAAUUGGAGGGCUGGGUGAAGCUCUUCUCGGAAGCAAAGCCUGAAUAUUCGUCUGGCGAGAGGUAGAACGUGUGAUUAAAUACAAUGAUUUAAUGAAUAACCAUACCGUAGUUAGAAUUUGCCGACAUUUAGCUUUAGCAAAAGUAAAACACUGAAAAACAAGUCGUUUUAGGGCUUUCUGUGUAAGAAUUUUACAUGUAGAUGCGGGACUUCGUAGCUAAAAAAAUAAAAUUUAACAAACAGAAAAAGCAAUUUCGUCAUUACAGAAUAUUUAUCAUUUAUAGACCUGGAGCGAGGGGGAUUCGGCGAAAUAUUACCCGAAGUGAUGAUAUUUCCCGAGGGGCUUUGCCCCGAGGGAAAUAUCAUCACUGAGGGUAAUAUUUCGCCGAAUUCCCCGAGCGGAGGGUCUAUAAAUGAUAUAUUAUACCGAAAAUUAAAAGCCUCCAAGUUGAGAAAUAAAAACUUGACACAUACCUUCGUGAAUACGAUGUUUUAUUUUCGGAUUAACGCAAGUAUCGUCGCUUUUCUUUCCAAUCACAUAUCGUUUGGAAUAUUAAUGACAACAUUUUUCAAAAUUUACUUCAAAAUUUUGAAAAAGCCCCAGGUUUUACAUCAUUUACCCAGAUUAUUCAUCACUCAUCAAUACUAUUUAUAUUUUGUCGGCCAUGUUGUUGUCAUGCGUGUUGUCUCGCGUGGUCUACGCGAAUAAUGUUCCACCCCAUGUUCCCCGGGGAACAUGCGGUGGAACAUUGUCAAAAAGAACGCAGGCUCGCUAAUUGAUGACGCAAGGCGUGAUAUCGCGAUUAAUUUCAUGCUCACGUGGCACAAACUAAGCUUCCUGAUUGGACAAUUUGAAUUUGAGGUAUAAUAUAUUGUAAUAUACCAAGCAGAUCUCGGUGAAACAUGGAUGAAAGUCAAUGAGUCAUGUUGCAAUUCGCUCUCCCUCACGUUUGACCGCCAACUGCCAUUGACUCGUGCAUUCUUAUUAGUUCAGCUGGUUCAAAUAUUGAUGAGAGUUGUUAAGAAUUUACGCCCGCUGUUUAGUAUCACCAGAGAGUUUUAGGUCUGACUUCCACUACUGUUGCCUCUCUUUGGCUUAAUUACACAUUAGAUUAGUUAAUCGGGUAGAUUAAUCCCAUGUAAUUGAUCAUUCAAUGGUGGCGGUAGGGUUAGUGGAAGUCAAUUCUGCACUUGUCUAAUCAAUUUUCAUCAACUCUUACGCAAAAUCUUGCUUGCCAGCUCUCAUCAACUUUUAUCCUCGUUUGACCAGGGCUUUAGAAAAGCGUUGUCAACUUGUAUAUGAAUGAAUUGAUUCUAUAUGAAUCAGUUAUGUUGUCCUAAAUUAUACGAUCGAAAAGAGGCAUAAAGUCAUGGACAUAUUUUUUCACGUUUGAUGGGGGUCUGUAAGGUUCUAUAGGUGUUGGGAGAGCACAGGAGAAAAUAAGCUGUCAAAUAGUUGAAUGUCAGUGUAGCUUAAAUUACACUAAAUGAACAUUUACAAAUUUCCAAUCAUCCACUUAUCCUGUAAACGAGAGACAGAAGUGUGCAUUAUAAAAUGAAAUUUUGUUCCAGUAGCUAUGUACACUGAUAGGUAUGAUGAUUUAACGAUAGCUUGCGUUCUGAAAUUCAGUGUGUUUUUGUGACAUUAUAGCUUAUUCAAGCCUGGUGAUUGUUUUGUUGGUUACCAUAGCGAUACUGCUGCUGCGGUAGUUAUGACAAUUUCGAAUCUUGGGAAUGAUUGGUCUAAUAAGCAGGUAAGAAUUUUUUCAUGCAUUGCUUGUAUACGUUCAACAGACCUACCAAGUCUCCAGCAUUUGUAAUAUUACUCGUGCACAACUCGGAGAAAUUUCCUUGUGUUUUGCCUGCAAAAAAAGAAGUAUGUGGGGUGUUUCUAAUGACUAUUUCAUUCAUUUAUUUUAUUUCUUAAAACGACAGCUAUAGUUGACUGGACGCCAUCACUGCUCUCGACAAUCCCUUAUAGAUCCCCCUGCAUUGAAAUUUUAUGAGCUGGUGAUUUUUGUCCCACGCAGAAGCAUCCCAAUGAUUAUUAUCUCCCUCCCAGUCCAAAAUGUUCUGUCUAGAGAUUAAAUUAUUUCUUUUCAGAUCAUUUCCCAAUCAAUAUACACGUUGUUGCAGUGUGCAUCACCCGAUGCUAUUGCUAGGCUACCAGCAACAAAAUUAAAGCACGAUGCAGAAGAGCUUUGGAUAGAAUAUUUCAGAAAUCAGAAACAUGGGAGUUUGAAAGAUUAUCUAGUUCAUUGCUUGGGAAACAAUAAAAACGAUAGUUUUCUUGUCCAGGUAAUAAGCUUUUUCUAAUACUGACUAUUCGGUAAUUACCAAGCCAACGGCGCGAAGCACUCUUCUGGGCAUCCAAGGGUGGACUUUCCGCUGAUCUUAAAAAUAUGGCUGUUUGCCUAAAAUUUGCACUGAUUUCUUUUUCAAUGAAGCUGUUAGUUUUCUAAGUUACGCCGUUUAAUUUAAGAAAAAGACCGAAGUAAAAACAGUUUAUCGGCAAAAGCAGUUAUAAGUUGAAUGAACAUUUCAAAAAAUUUUAUGAAGCGUUUUAGAUUAAAUUUUACAUUAAAUUAAAGCUCCAAAAUGCAAAAUAACAUACCCACGUAUAUACUGCGGAUUCAGAUUGAGUGUUUAAUGACGUCAUGAUCAUGUGAACGUUGAAACCGAAAAAUGCGGAUGUUGUCAAGUGGCAAAUGACUAAUUGUUGCUAUGAGGGAGCGGCGACAUUUUGAAUUGAAUAUAUAUGUUUAGAAAUUGCACUGUAAUGCAAAAAUAUAUGGAUAAUCUUCCUGAAAUUCAGGUUGUAUACAAUUAUUAUUGUAACAAUCGAAUAACCCCAUAUUACUAGGGAACGAAGAUUUCUAUCGUUAAUGUAUGAUGAUUUUUUCUCACGUGUAGAAGAACUGCACCAAGCGAAGUGUCGAUGCGUUUGAUUAUCCAGUGCCGUAGCAAGCUCCACAAUUUGAGAGGGGGCUCAUAUUCAUAUAUUCGUGUUCUGCGUUAUUAAUUUCUUUUGAAAUCGAUUGUUUUUAUUGUCUGUGAACACGAAUAUAUGAAUAAUUAUGCUCCCCGCCCCAAUUAUCGAGCUUGCUACGGCACUGUUAUCGUAGAACCAGAUCGGCCUGAAAUUGACUUAUCAUCGAAGUAUUUUAAAUCUCGAAUAAUGAGAUUAUUAAACACUGCAGGCAAGAAGACCAUUGUUAUCUGCGUUUGGCUUAGGAGAAACUAUUUUAUCUUGGCAGUAUAAACGUUUCCAAGUUUUCGAUACAAUGGCUGACGAUAUCCCAAGGGGACGUCUACUUGCCUACUUCUACGAAUUUUCCAGGAAAAACUCCUUUCGGGAUCAUGUACAUCCAUUGCUAAUAAUAUUUCCUAUUGUUACAACCUUAUUCAUCUGCGCGCCACAUUUUAAAAACCGUUUGUUUACAGAUAUUCUCUAGUCAUAGCAACAAGUAAUUUGCCACUUGACAACACCCGCGUUUUUCUGUUUCAACGUUCACAUGAUCGUGACGUCAUUAAACACUCAACCUGAAUUCGUAGUAAUUCGGAAAUUUGUUAUGUAUAGUUAAAAGUACUAAUCGUUCAACUAUUUUUCCGUUUUGUUCAAAAAAUAUUAAAAAAUUAAGAAUUUCCAUUGUAAAAAUUUUUUGUUCUAAUGCCAACAUUUGACGCCACAACGCGAGCCGUGGCCAAUUACGAAUACCGUGACAAAUGUAUAUAAUAAUAACAUGUCGUAACAAAGCAGAAUAUGUCGCACCACGUGCCCAGUCACUCUUUGUAAAGUGGCAGUGUUUUUAUAUUUUGCUUUUAUAUUAAUAUGACGGUUAAUGAAAUUAACGAAAUCAUAACAUUGUUAAUAAUUAUGAAACUUUUUUUCCAGAUUACCACACACUCUCGAUUGUUAUCACAAGCAAAUUCUCGGGCCAUAGCAUCAGCCGCUGGGUUUACAGGUUUACAGUCUCAUUGUAUUAGCCUUCAGGAAUUUCAUACAGAGCAACAAUUUGUCAAGACAUUAGAGUAAGUGAAGUUAACGUUAUGCGUAUCGGGAAAUAAUCAGGAUCUUAGCUAGGAUGUAAGAUUUUGGGCGUGGCGUGCCAGUUAUCCAGAAUAACCAAAUACACGAUUCCAGUUAUGCUUGUCAGCAAUGGACUAUAUGCCUGUGGUUAUUUUAUGUGAUUCGACCAAUUACAAGGUCAGCAUAUGUUCAUAUUUCGCACUGUUAUUACAUUGAGUUAUACAGACUGAGAUAUCUUUCUAGCCAUACUGUGAAAACGGCGUGCAGGGGUUAAUAGCCUACAAGCUCUUUUCACUUGAUUUUGGAAACUCAAUCUUUCUCCUUGAUUAUAUUUUACACAAUAUGCUGUAAAUUUUCACCCAGAAGUAGAAGAUAGAGCGCGAACGGGAGAGAGCUACCAGAUAGAUGUGCAUGGCAGCUGGGAAAGGUGACAUGCACACUAGCUAGAGCAAGCUACUGAAAGAUUUAAAAAGUUUCCCUUGUGUUGUGAUACAGAUGCGAAAGAUCUGGUUUUCUUCAACAAGGCUUUUUAUGUGGUAUCUCAGACCUCAACGUUCAAUACUUUGUCUCUUUUAUCACCCACAAUCGUUCCUGCCUUACUCUGAAUCAAAAUUCGAUGCUGAAGACUCUUUUGGUCAAGAUUCAUGUUUCAAUAGAAUUGUAAAAUUAUGGAACAGUGUUUGCAAAGUAGCUCGUCCAAAUACUUUUUCUAGCGUCAAAAUAUUUAAACGUUACCUUUUGUAAUUCAUAUUUAAUUUAAGUUUCUACUGUACUUGAAGUAAAUCUGUUAUGCAUGUACAUGGUCUAUAUCGAAUGCAUGAUUGUCUCAUUGUAUGAAUUGUCCUUAUAUAGUAUUCAAAAUAUAAACAGUGUAUUCUAUAUAUUAUGUACGUAUUUGGCUGUAAAGGUGCCAUGGAUGUGUAUAGUAUUUGGCUGGGGGAGGGGGGGUUGUUGUAUUUGUCCUGAAUUUGCAAAAAAUGUUCAUUUGACUCAAUAAAGAUUCGAAAGCAAAAGGAAAUUGUUGGCAAAUGUGAAUAAUUAACGGCAUGUAAAAGGAAUACAGUACUUGAUCGUUGUUCCCGAGCCAACAGCGUGGAGCGCCGUUCCGGGCGUAAGCCCGGGGCGAGGGUACUAAUUCCGCCCGGCUAUUUACACCUGGGGAAAGGAACGCACUAGCGAAGUCCAAAGUUCAUUAAAUACUGCGGGCGCAUGGUGUACGGGUGGUCAUCUCGCUGAUCUCAAAAUGUGGCUGUUUGCCAGGAGUGAAGAUGAGAAAACUAUAAAAAAUACGUGUAAGAAAGCUUGGAAAAUCGUUUCAUAUAAAAAAUUGUAAGACUUUCUUGCAAUUUUUAAACGUUUGAAAAAACAUUUAUAAGAACUGAUUUAGUACGAGAAAUACUAAAGUAUAGCCCAUAGUGUAGGGCAAGUUUGUUUCAAUUGUUUAUGUAUGACUUAAAUUUGUAUUAUUAUAGACUUUGUUCUUGUUGUCUUUCCUAUACAUUGUAUGCGAAAGUUUCUUAGUUAAAUUAACUUUUGUUAGUUUUGUAGAAGUUCAUGAUAAAAAGGAAAGCAAAUUAUUUUCAUAAGUGUCUUGUACGAAAAAGAUUUAUUUCGUUUUAAAGUGCGAGUUGAAGCUCAUUAAGUUGAAGAGUUUAAUAUCGGCAAAAUAUCGUUUUACGCAGAGUUCCGUUUUGAAUUUUACAUUAAAAUAAAGCCAACACAAACCAUACAAUAAUAUACCUACUUUAUAUAUUUUGAAAUUGAUAGUUCUGUCUUUAAAAGUGUUCAAGUUUCAUCUAUUUUUUGCAGGUUUGUACAAAGAAUUUAAAAAACAAUUAUGGUGUUGCCAUGACUAACAUGACGUUAGCAACGCGAGCCUGCGUUCAGUUGGCGUAACUAUGAAUACUUCAUGUUGAAACAAUCUUUUGGGAAUAUAGGCGAGGAGUUGUUGCAUGCAUGUAUUUCUAGUAUGUUUUUAAACAUGCCAUUAAAGACAGAGGGUAAAGUUGGGGUCUGUGUUAUCUGAUUGGGAAUUUGUAAAUGGUGGCGUACCGCAUGGUAGAAUUCUCGGCCCGCUUCUCUUACUUAUAAUGGUCAACGACUUGGCUGUCACUCGCAACAACCGAUGGAAAUAUGUUGAUAUAUGUAUAUCAUAUUUCAAAAAACUUCUUCACCCCAAACACAAUUUGCAUGAACCCGUUCCUGAUAGACGUUAGAACUAAUGAUAACCAUGUGAAUUUAAUUGACUGUAAAACUAAUAGAUUUCAAAAUUCAUUUUUACUUUCAAGUAUUUUAGCUUAUAAUGACUCGUUAUCUUAAUAUUUAGACGUUUUAGGGAUAUUUAAAAUUUGCAUGAUAGUAACAUGUGGUAUUACGUAGUUUUAGAAUUUUUCAUGUAGUAUAUGUUAUUAAGAGUCCUUUUUAUACUAUGUUCUGAAAUAUUGCAUGUAAUUAAUUCUGUAUAUUUCAGCUUUUAGCUGCUACUGUAAGAUUAACAUUUCAUUAAAAUUAAGAUUCGAAAACAUAUUUUAAAAUUGGUUAUAGUCUUCGUAUCAAAAGUGCUGUCUGAAUUCGGAAAAUGUUAUUUCAUGGAGACGGGGGGGGGGGGGGGGUAGUGUUCACAUUUUAAAACUCGACCCUCUUUCCCAAAAAAAACCUGCAUUAGCUACUAAAGUGCUUGUAUUAAUUAUAAUUAAUACAAGCACUUUAGUAGCUAAUACCGUUUUUUUGGGGGGGAAGAAGGUCGAGUUUUAGAAUGAGAACACUAAUCCCUGCUAUCAUUGCAAUACCUUUUAUAAUUCGAACACGGAUCUCUCUCGAUAUUAACUCAUGCUCUCGUUUGUUUUACUUUCUUUACUUUAAUGUAGAGAAUUCUUUGUUGCACUUGGUGGUGCUGAAGGACUUCUGCUUGUUCAAUGUGAUAAUGGUGAGGCAAACUUCAACUUAAUUGCCUGUUGUCGAUAUCUUGUUGAUGACACCCGGCGUCGUACACUAGAAAACUUUGGCGUUCCUGUGAAACCUAUCCACAUCAUCUUUAUCAUUCAGUUACCAAAGAUUGCAGGGGGAUGUCAACAUUUUGUAGGAUUUCAAGGUGGAAAAUGGCAGUCAGUUCAUAUUGACGAGCUUCUUGAAUCGAACGAGCAACUUCCCCAGAUUGAACAGCUAGUAAAUCGCUCAGUAAGUGAUCUGUUUCAGCCAGCCUACCCUGCAAGAGGUGAUGACAUUGCAGACAUGGAUGUUGAUAUUGAUACUAGUAUACCAAGUGGUAGACAAGAACUGCAUGUGGAGAACAUAGAGGUAAAAUAA